AUGUCAACAAAAGACUAUAAACAGGCUUCGGCCAUUGCCCGGAAGAGGAGGGCCGCCAAUAUCGCCGCGUUCUACAAAACGCCCCAUUGGAAAGAAGAAGACCUGCCCAAGAACCUGACAGAGUUUGCCUUGCAUCAGUCUGGCUACUACACUGAUGGCGAAAUAGCCAUUAUACAAUCCGAAGCCGACACUAUCCUAGAGAACGUCAAGAGCAGAAAAUGGACCGCUCUCGAGGUCGCGCAAGCAUUUUGCAAAGCAUCCGCUUUAGCACAGGAACUGACCAACUGUGUGACCGAAGUCCUCUAUCCAGAAGCGAUGGAGAGGGCCAAAUAUCUUGAUGACUACCUCGCACGCACCGGCAAGACCAUUGGUCCUCUUCAUGGGCUCCCGAUAUCUCUCAAGGACUGCUUCGUCACCGCCCCGCAUCCGAGCAGCAACGGCAUGGCUUGCUUUGCGAACGAGCCAACAGAAAAGGAUUCGCUGCUAGUGACCAUUUUGCGAGAUCUCGGAGCCGUCUUCUACGUCAAGACCAACGUCCCUGUGGCCAUGAUGAUGGCCGAGACCAAUAACAACGUCUGGGGCGAAACCCGCAAUCCUCUGCACAAAUAUCUAAGUCCCGGCGGAUCCAGUGGUGGAGAAGGUGCCAUCAUAGCAUUCAAAGCCUCGCCGCUGGGAGUCGGCACCGACAUUGGCGGUAGUAUCCGCAUCCCAGCCGGAUGGUGCUACUUGUACGGCCUGAAACCAAGUUUUGGCCGCUACCCUACCUAUGGCGGCAAGCCGGGAAUAGCUGGACAGGAAUACAUUCUGGCCGUGAACGGACCAAUGUCACGCUCUCUCAAAUCUCUCCAGUUGUACUCCGAAUCCGUCCUCUCGGAGCAGGUAAGCCCCUGGGAAUACGACCACAAGUGUCUCCCCAUUCCCUGGCGAAAGGGUGUCAUCCAACCUCCCGGGCGGAAGCUCAGGAUAGGACUGAUUGGAGCCGACGAUGGCCUGGUGACAUGUCAUCCGCCAGUGGAAAGGGCAUUGAAACUCACAAAGGAAGCACUGGAACGCGAAGGCCACGAGGUGGUUCCGUGGUCGACACAAGACCAUGAAGCGAUUGUCAAGAAUCUACAAGCCGCUUUCUAUGACCUCGGCGGCGCCGCAAUCAUGGAUCUGAUCAAACCGUACAAUGAACCCGUGUUCCCUUCCAUGGAAGGCUACGCCAUCGCCGCCCAGGCCGGCGAAGGAGAGCUCGGCCCUACCAAGAUGCGCCAGAUGAACAUGCGUCGUAACGAGCUGCAAAAGGCCUACCUAGAUCGAUGGAACGCGUCCGCCACCGAUGGCAAACCGCGCAUCGACGGCAUCAUCCAGGCAGUGUCUCCGUGGGCCGCACCUAGGCUUGGAGAAACACAGCGAUCAGGGCUAUACGUUGGGUAUACCGGUGUCUGGAACUUCCUAGAUUUCGCAGCAUGCACAUUCCCCGUAACAUUCGCAAACAAAAACCUCGACCCGCCCCGAAACCCAACCACAUUCCGACCCCUAAGCGACAUCGAUAGCCGGAUCCAAGCCGACUACGACGCCGACUUCUACGACGGUGCCCCCGUGUCACUGCAGAUUGUCGGUCGGCGCCUCGAGGAGGAGAAAGUCCUCGAGAUGUGUGAGGUUAUUGACGAUGCUUUGAAGAAGAACAAGACUACGUCAUGA